AUGUCCUUGUCCUCGCCCCCACCAUCCCGUCGUCACGCCAGUCUCAGCAAGCGACCCUCACCCUCAAAGCCAGACAUCCGCAGUAGCCCCGACGCAGUACACCAAUCCCUCCGUCACUCAUUGCGAGAUCAGAGCAGUCCGCAUCGGAGCCACCGCCGCCCUUCUCCUACCGCCCAGACGCCCACGUCGCAUCCGGAUGCCGUCUCGACCUCGUCUAGCACCCUCGUCAACCUCGACUCGGAUGCCGAUCCACAGCCCUGGAACCUCGAUUUAUCCUCCUCCUCUUCCUCUGCAUCGUCAUCCUCCUCCUUUUCGGCCCUGGACGAGAUCCUCCUACAGCGGCGCCAGACCUCGGAAGCCCACUCCGAGGCGGGCACCGAGGACACAGAGACACCAUCGGCCCGCCAGCACCAUCAGCGAGGCUACUUCAGCUCGUCAUCCACACUUCAGAGCCGUGUCAACCACGACUUCUCUUCCUCGCCCGGAUCUCGGCGGCCGCCGACAUACAUCGAGGUGAGACCGGACCACCCACCAGGCCCGGUCCAUUCUGCCGUAUCCUCGCGCGGCCUCACUGGGACCCCCCGACGCAGCGUCGGCUGCCCCUACGACUGCCGUUGCUCGGACCAGGACAUCGAGCUUGGCCUCUGUCGCCGCGCCCUGCAAAGCCCUUCCUCCGCCUCGGACAGGAGCAUCGAGGGUGAACCGCCAGGACUGGCUGCGCGUUCCAGUCAGGCGGACGAGCCCCCGUCGGGCCAGGCCUUGGGUUCCAUUUUCCCCUCGCCGCCAAGGCAAGGGAUGCAGGUCGAAACGACUAGUCCGUCAGGCCUCGUCCUCGACGCAUCCAGGCCAUGGGGUGCUAGGGAUCUUUCAAAGGAUCCCAUCUUAGUGCCACGGAUCUCGCCGCGAAAGUCCCACAGCCGGACGACUUCGCAGACCUCGCCUGGCCUUGUGCGAUCCCAGAUCAGGGCGGCGGGCAGGAGCCUUGACUCGGUGCGGGGGCUCGACCAAGGCACCGACAGCGACAGCGACGUUGAGCAGAGCCUCGCCUCUCGGUCCCAGCUCUUGGCACGCUGGGCAAGGCGACCCGAGCGCAACAGCACGGACGUCGCUCCUCGGGUCCACAAGGACGUCGAGCGUGCACUGUCGGACGAGUCUGCUUUGCACAGCAGUCGUCUGCCUCCGAAAGUGCCGUCGCUGGAGAGAGCCAAGUCGUCGCCGGUGCGAUCGACACGCGGCGAGGUCGGAAGCUCGUCGUUCACAGCGUCUCGAGACACGCCUUCGCCCCUGCGAGGGCUUGACGAUCGGCGAUCGACUCCUCAGAGCGCUUCUCUAGCAGCGACGACGCGGCCUGUCCCAGACCGACGGAGCAUCGCCGCAGUGUUCGAGAGGAUGCAACGGGAACGCGAGGAGCGGCUCAGAGAGGAGGCAGCCCAUCGAGAAGAGAAGCGACUCCAGCGCGAGCGCGAACGAGCCGCCCGAGCCCUCGGCUGGGAACAGCGCAAACAGGCAUCCCCGGCAGCUGGGCAGGUCUGGGCUGCAGAACUUAAUCGUCAUGAUCCCGAAGAGAGCGGGGGGCCGGCCGGAGCGUCGGCCCGCGAGCAAACGCCGAUAGGCUCGACCGACCCUUACUCCGGCACAGACGCUCCUCCUUUCGAGCAGUCCUCAAACUCCACGCAGCCGCAGAGCGAGCGAAACUCUACUGCCACCGGGGCGGACACUGACGGCCAGGCUGAAUCCGCCCGCGCGCGAGCUCUGGCGCGUGUCCGCAAGGCCAGACUGCGGAGGCUGUCAGCAGGGACCGCGAGCUUCGAUCGGACUCUCGACGCGGCUGCUGAGCUUGACGAGACCACGGCGCCAGGGCAGGCCUCGGCCGCCGACCGCGGGAGCUAUCAGAGUCCGCGCCGGAGUGCUAUCGAAGAUUCGUCGUCGAGCGAAAGCGAUGACCACGCUGAUGAGCGUCUCGAUGCCGUCGACGCACGUGCGGCCGCAGCCGCAUCGACAGAGAAGACGCCCUACACGGUCGAGGACCAGCCGACCGAGGAGCGGCCACCUCCCUUGGAUGCCUCGUACCUGAGUGGCGAAGCAAGCGGGGCCACUUUGCACUUCGAGUCUUCGGCCGCUGCCGUUCCCAUUCCAGAGGAAGAUGAAGACGAGGACGAGGACGAGGACGAGGACGACGAGGAUGAGGACGACCUUCGAGAGGCUCUGGAGCAAGUCAUCAGCCGAUCGUCCAGGCAAGAUGGAUCGAUGCAGCACCGAUCGGAACAGCCAUCCGGCAACGCUUUCUCGCCCAGCUCGCGGCAAGUGCAAAGCCUGCUGCGACCGCCUGCGCGUUCGCCGCAACUGGAUGCUGGCUUCGCCUUUCCGGCCAGUCGCUCCCCGAGCGAGGCGAGUCCCACGACCUCAUCCUUUGGAGGCUCUCUUGGGUCGAGCCCGGCCACAUCGCCACGCAAUGCCGUCCACCGGCGACAGCGAUCGACGGUGGUGAGCUUGAGCAGGAACCUGCCGGGGACACCCGCAGCUGCAGCUCGCGCGAUGAACCAGAUCCUCGGCGGCCCAGAGCUCUCGGUGACGGGACCGCAAUCGUCGACCUCGAGCAGUCACGAUGAGGCUGCGCUCAAGGCAUCCCUGUCGCCCGCCAUCGAGGAAGGUGACGCUGCCCACACGACGUCGAACAGCCUCAGCCUCGACUCUGAGCGUCGCCGGAGGAGCGUUCGCUUCAGUCCACAACCAGACUAUCGGUCCGACUCUGGAUCCGGUGCAGGAUCCGACGACGCUGAUGACGACGACGGUAACGGCAGUCCGGAUGAGACGGCUGCGCUGGGCGGUGCGGGCGGUGGUCUCCGCGUGGUCAACCGGCACCACCUCGAUGCCCCUCCAUCUCCGGAUCCCAGCUCGGACGAUUUCGAGCGGCAGCCAGGGGGCGGCGAGGGCCGAGGCGAGGAUGCAUCCGCUCACCCGCCCUCCGAGGUCCAGAUCUCUCUGGCACCCGUAGAAAGGGCGCUGCAGCUCGAAAACGAGUCGCGCUCGCACCACCUGCAGGCCCAAGUGGAGUUGGCAGCUCCUGCCACUCCGAACCGCAGCGUCAGCCUGCAGGUGCCCGGCGGAUACAUUGCAACUCCAAACCAGGCCCGAGGUGCAGCCAUGGCCAGUGCACGCAUGGAUUCCAGGAGGCAGGCGUGGGGCGGCAUGCAUGCACCCGGCCUUCCGUCUUCGACUGCAGAGCACGCCGACCCUCGUCCCGACGCCGACCAUCGUGGCGACCUCGACCACUCCCUCGUCGACGAGCACCAACAAGACAAGCACGAGCAACAUCGCCAGCUUGCACCAGCCGCUCGAACCACCAGCCCGCCCCUACCUGCGCUGGCCUCGAUACCAUCGAUCUCAUCGUCUCCCUCGUCGCCGGCCCGCAACAUGUCUCCGGCACAGAAGCAGAGGCUGGCCGCUUCCCGCGCAGCGUCUCGAGCAUCGCCACGACCUCAGGCCUUGUCGCUCCGCAACAGCAACAGUAUGCCGAGCAGCGAAUCGUCUCGCAUCGAGGAAGAGGCCCUCAGUCAGGGCGACGGCCUGUCGAUCGGUAGCCUCGAUGAGUCCAGCAUGCUGUCCUCGCGGGCCCGACACCAGGUUGCAUACAGGUCCCAGGCGCCACGCGAAUCGACGCCGCCCAGAACCACCUCGGUGAACGACCGGAGCCGAUCCACCCUAUCCCAUCCGGUCAGCAAGACGCCACCGGUCCUCGAUACGCCGACCAAGCCGACCCCUCAGCGCAUCGACCUCGCCACGAUCACAUACCCUUCUGGCGAUGCAGCGGGACCAGAGGAGGACGACUCGGUGCGGAUCACCAUGGACCAGAUCCUUUCGGCGCUCAAGCGACGCGAAGAGGACGAGCGGGCCUCCGAGCAGGGCGGGGCAGCCCUAGCUUUCCAAGACACGGCAAGCAAGGUGCAAGAGGCGGUCAAGGAUGUCGUCGCUGCGCUGCCGACGAGGCCGGCCCUAAACCAAGGCGAUGCCACCCAUGCCGGGACCGCGGCCGAGCUGGUCGAAAAGGCGCAAGCUCUGGACCUGAUCGCCGACGCCGACGCAGACACGUCGUCGGUCACCAAGAUCAAUACGCUACGGGGCCGACUCGCCCUGCUCGUGUCGAGUCUGGGGUCGAAACUCUCCCGAAGCGGCAAGCACCGCGGACGCCACACGGUCACCAUCGUGCGUGAGGUGGAGCUGCAGCCCUUCUGCCGGAGCAGGCGCUUCCUCUUUGUCGCCGUCGUCUCGCAUCUGGUGGUGCUGUGGCUGAUGCUGCGCGCCGCCCAUGCCCGCGCCGACCGGCUGUACCACACGACGUACUUUGACCCGUUCUACCCGGACCUCUACGCCUACGCCUCGCCCUCGACGACGUGGGCCCACCCGGUCCCGCUGUCGUUUCUGCGCACCCGAGCCGUGCCGGACUGGAUCCGCUCGUCGUCUUCUUCGGCAUCGUCGCACAUCCCGAUCGUCUGGACGGUACGCGAGGGAGCAGUGGCCGUGCUCCAACUCGUCCUCUCGCUGGCGGUGCUACCGCUGCAGGUCGUCUCGUUCAUCCUGUGGCCGUACGACGAUCUCGGAGCGGGAGACUACCUCGUCCCGACAUGA